AUGAGAAUUUAUGAUCAAAUCCCUACCCCUGCUGACUUUGUAAAGAUCAAUUGUGAUGUGUGCCUUAAGACUGAUGGCUGGAUUGGUCUAAGAGUUGCUGCCAGGAACGUUGCAGGGGAGGUUCCGUUUGCUGGGGUGCGUCAAGUUCGUGGGUUUUGGCCACCAGAAGUUGCUGAGUGUCGUGCUUUACUUUUUGGGGUGAAGCUAGCUCUGAAGUAUGGGUAUAAGAAGGUGAUUUUGGAAUCGGAUUGUCAACACAUCAUCACUCGUCUCUCAAAAGCUUCCACAUUUCUCACCGAUCUUGACUCGGUUUUUAAUGAUAUUUUUUCGAUUUGUUCUAGUUUUGAUUAUGUGCAUUGGUCUUAUGUUAAAAGGGAUGAGAGUUUUAUCGCUCAUCACCUUGCUAGUGUAGUACUGUUCAGUAGCGAACAAGUGUGGGAGAAUUUUUGCCCCUCUGUAAUUUCUCCUUACGUUCUUAUGGACAAGUUGUCCAAUGAUUAA